AUGGCCUCGCUUAGUGAGGAUCUCCUCGUUACGGUCAACAAGCUGCAAGACUUGGUCUUCAACACAAUUGGGAAUGACUCUCUCGAUUUACCGCAGAUCGUUGUGGUCGGAUCCCAGUCGUCGGGAAAGUCCUCUGUGCUCGAAAAUAUCGUCGGUAGAGACUUCUUGCCCAGAGGCAGCGGUAUUGUCACGAGACGACCAUUGAUUCUACAGCUUAUCAAUAUCCCCAGCGAGCGCCCCGAUAGACCGUCGAAUGAUGAGGUCCAUGUACCUCAUACCGCUGCCAGUGUAGCUGGACAGAAUGAGUGGGCCGAAUUCCACCACCUCCCCGGUCGCAAAUUCGACGACUUUGCGCUUGUGAAGCAGGAGAUUGAAGCCGAGACCGCUAGAAUCGCUGGAAGCAAUAAAGGAAUCAAUAGACAACCGAUCAACCUCAAGAUAUUUUCUCCGCACGUCCUUAACCUCACCAUGGUUGAUCUGCCGGGAUUGACCAAGGUGCCCAUCGGAGACCAGCCAUCGGACAUCGAGAAGCAGACCCGUGCCUUGAUCUUGGAAUAUAUAGCGAAGCCGAACAGCAUCAUCCUCGCCGUUUCCCCUGCGAAUGUCGACUUGGUCAACUCAGAAGCGCUGAAGCUGGCUCGUCAAGUUGACCCUAUGGGCCGAAGAACGAUCGGUGUGUUGACAAAGUUGGACCUCAUGGAUCAUGGGACCAACGCCAUGGAUAUUCUUUCGGGUCGCGUGUAUCCGUUGAAGCUUGGAUUUAUUGGUGUCGUCAACCGGUCUCAGCAGGACAUUCAGUCUGGAAAGUCGCUGUCAGAGGCUUUACAGGCCGAAGUUGAUUUCUUCCGACACCACCCCGCCUACCGGAACAUGGCCAACAGAUGCGGCACGCAGUUUCUGGCAAAGACUCUGAACUCGACAUUAAUGUCUCACAUUCGCGAUCGACUGCCUGACAUCAAAGCGCGCCUGAACACUUUGAUGGGGCAGACCCAACAAGAGCUUGCCAGCUAUGGAAAUAAACAGUUUAGUGGAAAGGAACACCGCGGGUCGUUGAUCCUGCAGCUCAUGACUCGCUUUGCUUCAUCGUUUAUUUCCUCCAUUGAUGGAACUUCGUCCGAGAUCUCUACGAAGGAACUGUGUGGAGGAGCUCGCAUCUACUAUAUUUUCAACUCUGUCUUCGGCAACUCCCUCGAGACCAUUGAUCCCACGCAUAACCUGACCGUCUCCGACAUUCGGACGGCGAUCCGAAACUCUACUGGCCCGCGACCGAGCCUGUUUGUCCCGGAACUUGCUUUCGACCUUCUGGUGAAACCUCAGAUCAAGAUGCUGGAAGCCCCCAGCCAGAGAUGUGUCGAGUUAGUUUAUGAAGAGCUCAUCAAGAUCUGUCAUACCUGCGGUUCGCAAGAGCUUUUGCGCUUCCCGCGUCUCCAGGGGAAGCUGAUUGAAGUUGUCUCUGACCUUCUCCGUGAGCGUUUGGGUCCUUGCUCUGCCUAUGUUGAAUCUUUGAUCUCCAUUCAAAGAGCCUACAUCAACACGAAUCACCCGAACUUCCUCGGCGCGGCGGCCGCCAUGUCGUCUAUCAUCCAGAAUAAACAAGAGCAGGAGAGGAAAGCGGCGCUGGCAGAAGACAGGAGGAAGCGUGAGAAGAGACGCCUAAAGGAACUCGGAGGCGUUAACGGCAAUGUCGCUUCCCCUGAAGAGGAGGAAGAGCAUGUCGACUCUAAAGGACAGCCCCUCCCGAUCAGAAGCCAAUCGGCCAGAGGAACGCGCAGCAUGUCUCCUCAUGUCGGCAAGACGCAAGAGGGCAGUAUUGCCGCGUCUCUUAACGGGGUGCAGUCGGGCCCUCAUGCGGUUUUUGGCGGGGCCAACACUACUCGCGAUUCGUUCCUGAAUUAUUUCUUUGGCAAGGAUGGCGCGCAGCUCUCUGCGCCCUUCCCUCAGCCAUCCAGUCAACCCAAACCGUCUAGCCAUGCCAUCGAAACGAACAUCAACCACAGCAACCGCCGGAUGGAGAUGCGUUCCCCUGUCAUGCCGACAGAGGAUUAUACGGCCCCAGCUGAAUAUGGUGGCGACGCUGGCUCCCUUGUACGCUCGCCUCCCCACAGCGCUGCUCAUUGGGAGUUCACCGCUGACGCUGUCUCACAGGAUAAUUCCACUGAGCCGACUCUGUCUGACCGCGAGAUUUUGGAGACUGAACUCAUCCGCCGGCUGAUCUCAUCCUACUUCGAUAUUGUCAGGGAGACGAUCGCCGACCAGGUGCCCAAGGCUAUCAUGCACCUUCUGGUGAACCACAGCAAGGACGUCGUGCAGAACAGACUUGUCAGUGAGCUCUAUAAGGAAGACCUUUUCGCAGAGCUUCUCUACGAGGACGACGGCAUCAAGGCCGAGAGGGAGAAGUGCGAAAAGCUUCUGGAGACCUACAAGGAGGCAGCUAAGAUUGUCGGUGAAGUCUUGUAA